AACAUAGUGGGGCCCAGUAAUGCAGAGCCCCCGCCUCGACCUCCCAGUCCAGCCAUGUACCAGCUGGAUAUCGUCCUAAAGAAAGGGAACAACCUGGCCAUCCGAGAUAGGACAGGGACCAGUGACCCAUAUGUGAAGUUUAAGAUCGCAGGGAAGGAGGUGUUCAGGAGUAAGACCAUCCAUAAGAAUCUCAACCCGGUGUGGGAUGAGAGAGUAAGCCUGCUGGUGGAAACCCUAAGGGACCCACUAUAUGUCAAGGUUUUUGAUUAUGACUUUGGACUUCAGGAUGAUUUCAUGGGCUCAGCAUACCUCCACCUGGAGUCACUGGAACAUCAGAGGACACUGGAUGUGACACUGGACCUGAAGGACCCACAGUACCCUGAAAAUAACCUAGGCAGCCUGGAUCUAGCUGUCACUCUGUCACCCAAAGAGGGAGAAAUGAGGGAUGCUACCAUGCUUUUGAGAAGGAACUGGAAACGAUCUAGUAAGUAUCAGAGUAUGCGUCUGUCAGAUGUGCACAGAAAAGCCCAGCUGUGGCGAGGUAUAGUCAGCAUCAGUCUGAUAGAAGGUCGCAGCCUCCAGCCCAUGGAUAACAACGGCCUCAGCGACCCUUACGUCAAAUUCAGGCUGGGCCACCAGAAGUACAAGAGCAAGACAAUUCCUAAAACGCUGAACCCACAGUGGAGAGAGCAGUUUGACUUCCACCUGUAUGAUGAGCAGGGAGGCUUUGUGGACAUUACAGUCUGGGACAAAGAUGCUGGCAAGAAGGAUGACUUCAUGGGAAGGUGUUCCAUUGACCUAUCACUUCUCAGUAAAGAACACACACACAAGCUGGACUUGCCACUGGAGGAAGGUGAAGGUGUGCUGGUGCUGCUGGCUACACUCACUGCUUCAGCUGCUGUUUCCAUCUCAGACCUGUCAGUCAACAUGCUUGAUGACCCACAUGAGAGACAUCAGAUCAUGCAGCGAUAUAACGUGUGGAGGUCCUUCCAUAACCUGAAAGAUGUCGGUGUGGUGCAGGUGAAGGUCAUUAGGGCUGAGGGACUGAUGGCAGCAGAUGUCACAGGUAAGAGUGACCCAUUCUGUGUGGUGGAGCUGAGUAACGAUCGGCUGCAGACGCACACUGUCUACAAAAACCUCAACCCAGAGUGGAACAAGGUCUUCACUUUUAACGUGAAGGACAUCCACUCAGUACUCGAGGUCACUGUUUAUGAUGAGGACCGAGACAGAAGUGCAGACUUCCUGGGGAAAGUGGUGAUUCCUUUACUAAAUAUCCAAAAUGGAGAACGCAAAGCCUACGCCUUGAAAAGCAAGGAGCUGACAGGGCCAACAAAAGGGGUCAUCUUUCUCGAAAUAGACGUGAUUUUUAAUGCUGUGAAGGCUGGUCUCAGGACAUUGAUUCCCAUUGAGCAGAAGUAUAUCGAGGAGGAGCCCAAAGUAUCCAAACAGCUGCUGUUACGCAACUUCAACAGAGUUAGGCGCUGCAUCAUGUUCCUGAUCAACACAGGCUGCUACAUCAACAGCUGCUUCGAAUGGGACUCUCCACAGAGGAGCAUCUGUGCUUUCGUGUUUUUUGUCAUCGUCGUUUGGAACUUUGAACUUUAUAUGAUUCCUCUGGCUUUGCUGCUACCGCUGGCCUGGAACUACAUCCUCAUCGCAUCGGGGAAGGAUACCAGGCAAGAUGUGCAAGCAAUGGAGGACCUGCUGGAGGACGAGGAUGAGGAUUUUGACAAAGAUGACAAGGACUCGGAGAGAAAGGGCUUCAUGAACAAGCUUUAUGCCAUUCAGGACGUGUGCAUCAGCGUGCAGAAUGCACUGGAUGAAGUGGCCUCCUAUGGCGAGAGGAUAAAGAACACAUUUAACUGGACUGUGCCUUUCUUAAGCUGGCUGGCCAUUGUGGCUCUCGGAGUGGCCACCACCAUCAUAUACUUCAUCCCUCUAAGAUACAUUGUGCUAGCCUGGGGGGUGAAUAAAUUCACCAAGAAGCUACGAGACCCUUACACCAUUGAUAACAACGAGCUGCUAGACUUUCUGUCCAGAGUGCCCUCAGAUGUACAAGUGGUGCAGUACCGAGAGCUGAAACUGGAUCCCAAUCCCAGUCCAAAUAAAAGGAAGAAAAACAACCCCGGGUAGAUGACUGUGUCCGCCCACCAACUCCUCUCUUCUCCACUUUUCUUCUCGUGGUCUAUAAUCCUGGACACUGAGGAGCAGAGGAAGACAGCUCUGGACCCGCUCGGCUCAACUAUCCUUUUACCUUUUUUUCUUUCCUAUUUUCUUCUCUUAAACAUUUUUCUGUCUUUAAUUACUCACAAUGUACAGUGCAGUUUCCUGAAGUGUAAUUUUUGUAUGAAAAAAGACAAGUACAAGAAAUCUCUUGACUUAUUCUCAUCACCCUUAUGCUUUUGAUUGAUUUUAAAGGCGAUAAGGAAGGAUGGAUGAAAUUACCUUUUUCUCAGCCGUGUGAGCCACUGUCCUCCUUUCUUCUCUCCAUCACUCUGACAGCUCAGAGGACCAUUUGCUUGCCACAAGUGUCAAACAAUGAGUAAAACGAGUUUUAACAUUUAUACUCACCAUCCCAAAAAGACAUUGUCAGUUUGUCCAUGUUUAUCAAAAUACAAGCCUUAUACUAACAUUCUGCAUUAUUGCUCUGCAAUAGAUUUUUAAGUUUUGUUUUUAGCUCGUAUUGUAGUUAUUAAAUGAUUUUGGUAAUAUGUUUAUAUUUUCUAAUUGUUUUUGUACUGAAGUAUCUUUUGUUUUCUUCCCCUCUUGGAUGUGGUAAUGAUGUUAUGUUCACUGGCAGUCAUUUGGAUUGUCUCCACUUAACUCAGCCAGCCAAGUUGAUUAGCAAUUAUGGUAGUAGCCUCCAGAUAUGUCCUUCCACACAAACACAAAAUUGGACCAACAGGCUGAAGGCUUGUGGUGGUAUCUGUGCUUUUACACAAUGGCCAAAUUUGCUUUUUUUCAAGACUUGACUCAAACUAAGUGGCAUUAGUUUAAAGUACAGUGAGUCUGUUCUUAAAAUAGAUUGCGAUUACAUAAUCAUCAUUAAAUAAUACCCAGAGGAAAAAAGAGCAACACUGUUGAGUAUUAGACAGUUGGCAUUAUGCCCCAAACCUUUAUCACUUACUAAGUGUCCAGAUAGUUCAGCUGUAGCCUCGUUUAACCCCUUAAAAACAUGUCCAAAUCCCCAGUCAGUCAAUCAGUGAGACACCUUCUCCGGCUGUCAGGAGGCGCAGCAGACUGGGCCUUCUGCUGUCGUGGUGUUAAUAUAGAUGUCACCCAGUCUAUGCAGAGUGUCGCCAGGCAGGCAGGCCUUUAGGCAGCCACAGGCCUAAUCUUAUUUGAAAGGCUGGUCUCCUUUCCUCUCAUGUCCCCGUGUGUUUGUCUCGGCGGCCACACACGAGAGCAUUCACACACACAAGCAUGCAUGCAUGCAUGUAGACACAACCCCCCUCCCAUUCUCUCAUGUGAAUACACUGCUUUUUUAAGAGAUCUCACAUACACAUACUGUACCUUCUUGCUUACAGAUGAAAGCAUAACAUCCCAUUUGAGCAGGCACAUUCUCUCCCUCUCAGGCACACACACUCGCACAAACAUGCUCUCUGUGAUGCUGUGCCCCAGGCUGGCCGCCCUCUCCAUCUGCCCCACCUCCUGUGCCCACAGCUCAACUUUGAUCUAUCUUUCCAGAGACAGAGGCUUGUGUAUGUGAACUGUGUAUGUAAGAGUGUUUGCGUAUACACGUUUAUGCAAUCAAAGACAUGUUGCUUUUCUCAGCGUUGGUGUGUGUUACAAUUGUAUCUCCCCUCCAGCUGUAGACUGAUGCGUAGAUUGAGUUGGUGUGUGUGUCAGCAUGUAAAAGCAUGUGUGUGUGCUGCAGCAGAAGUGCCAGCUGUUAUUUGGUGUGGAGUUUGCUGGUGUAGAAGGCCGUCAGCUAGAUGAGCAGCAAGUCGCUGUGUGACAAGACAAGGCUCUGAGGGGACUUAGGCCUGAGAUGUCAGGGAUGGAGGGAUGGGUGUAUGUGUGUUUUAUGCUAUUUCAGACCCUCUCUUUCCAUCAUGCUUCUCUUCGUUUGCUCUCUCUGCGGUUCCCUCAUUCGUCAGUGAGCAGGGUUGCGACCCUGUCUGAAGGGACGGUCUCCUGGGCUUCUUGCUGAGCAUCUGUUGAAAGAUCACAGCUCAGGCUACAUUUGAGGAGG